AUGACGUCAUUUCUCAAAAUUGCCCCACAUGCUUUUCGAUUAGAAGAUGCUGUAGUGCGCGCUGGUUUCAACUCCAACCAUCUGUUAAACCCCGAGAUAGGACGGGUCAGUAGCGAUCAAGCUAACAGCCGAGCGGUGGUGGAUUUCACUCCUGAGCCGUACGUCACCGCACGAUACGUCAGUGUGAGUAUCAUUCGCAGUGGGGCAGACGCCAUAGUCCAGUUGACUGAGGUUAUGGUGGAGGAAGGAACGACAAAGCUGAAGGACGCUUUACCAACAGCGUUAAAUUUAGCUGCCCGCCCAAGCAGUCAAAUUUCAAGUUUUACUGACCAAAGCGGUAUCUGGGACGCAGACCGAGCUGUGGACGGAGUCCUACAGUAUGUAAGCCCAUACUGCAGCAGAACAAAUGUCGAGCAAAAUCCUUGGUGGAAGAUAGAUCUGACAUCCUUUCACUGCAUCAGCAAAAUUGCAAUCAGGAAUAUAGAUGAUCUGGAACAGACAACGAGGCUGAAUUUAGAGCAUGCUGUUGCUCGUGCUGGCCUGAGUGCCACGUCUACUGGUAACGCGAUGUGUGGAUCUCCAGUGACCCAGUACCAAGCCUUGAUCAAUGACUGGAUUGAAUUCGUGUGUGAUCCGUCUAGACUUGCUCGCUACGUUAGCAUCAAUAUUCCCGGCGAAGCGGCUCUUAUAUUGUGCGAGGUGAUAGUUUUACAGUGUGAUCUCCAACCUCAAGCACUUAAUAUGACUGAGAAACCAACCAAUCAGAGCUCUACGAUAAAUGGACAGGAUGCUGGAAGAGCCUUUGACGGACUCCCAGAAGAACCGUUCUGUAGCGUCACGGAUAAUGAAGAGAACCCGUGGUGGAGGGUGGACCUGGAGUCAAGUUACUGUCUUGGAAUAAUCCAAGUCAGGAAUACAGGCAGUCCAACAGAGCCAAACUUGCAGGAUGCUGUUGUAAGGGCCGGCUUAAACGAAGUUCACACCAACAACAUCAUGUGUGGUACACCAGUGACCAGUGAUCAAUCUGUCAUCAAUGAUUGGAUAGAGUUUGCGUGUGACCCGCCCGUACUUGCCCGGUACGUUAGCGUCGACAUUCCGGGAACUACAAUCUUCAAAUUAUGUGAGGUUACGGUAUCCACAUGCGAUUUUCACCAAAGAGCAAAUGCUGUGGAGUUUACUGUGGUCGCAAAUCCUGCUGUCCUUGGUGACAUUGGACACAACGAUUCAUCCAUCACUGCCUACAAGGGUGCGGGAGAUACCACAUCUGGUGUGUUGUUUGGCCGCCAGCUACCAACGGGAGGGACCAGCAAUGACCCCCCUUCUGGAUCAGUGGUACUGGCUGAUCCGUCAACGGGAUGUGCAGACAAAUUGGUUUUACGAUUACCAGGGGAAGAUGGAUUGAAUAGAACAGGUGUCUUCUUCUCUGAGAUGAUCAGUGAUGACAUCACUACCAGGGUACAGGUUGUCAUCUUAAACAAAGGAAAUAACAUUCAUGUGCGUCCUGUUCAACGAACACAGACGGCAAAUAUCGGAGAAUCCGUAAUGCUACAAAUGCACGAUGUUAACUCGCCAAGCACCGACUACAGGUGGAGGCAUAACGGAGGCGACAUCAUUGAACCUUGGAACAACCUUCUAAACGUGUCAAUUCCAAAUGUAGCUGUGGAGAGUGAGGGAAUAUACGCCUGCUUUGCGUUAGGUCAAGAACAUAAACAACUGCAUGGCGUCAUGAGACUCAUAGUUAGAGGUUGUCCCUCUGGAUUGUGGGACCCACCUUCGUGUCUGAGAACCUGCCCUCGAUGCUACAAUGGUGGCGUAUGUAACGAUAAAUCAGGUACCUGUGUUUGUCCCCCGGGAUUCAGUGGAAACAGUUGCGAGCAAGCACACGGUCGUCAUGUGUUUGGCAAAAUGGCUGAUCAGCGAUGUUCCCCAAGCACUGAUGCACAUCACGACGCUUGCCGGGGGCGUUUGUUCUGUCUACCAGACCCUUAUGGAUGCUCCUGUGCUGCAGGUUACAAAGGAUUAGACUGUAUGCAAGAUUGUAAUGAUGGGACGUUUGGUGCGGAUUGCAAACAGACUUGUCACUGUGCAGCGGGAGGAACGUGCAGUAAAGAUACAGGAGAAUGCAGCAUGGGUUGUAUGGCAUCAUAUUUGGGAAGCAACUGUCAGUGCUCAACUCAGAAUGGCGUAAUCGGUCUUGAAGUGACGUCGGGCGACCCUCAUCAACUGUUCGUUACGUGGCAACCAGAUCCGUGUGCUUUUGGCUACGAAUUCACAACCAGGGACGAGUGUGAAGACAUUAUAUCCCAAGAAUUGAUAUCGGAAAACGGUUACCAUUUCGUUAGUGGUCUAGCGUCCCCAUUGAGCCACAGAGUUUACAUAAGACCAAUGUACUCAGAUGAUGAACGAGGACCCGAGGUUACAUUUCCACGAAUAACAAAGCCAACUCUGGCCCCAGUUGACGUGAAUCUCAACUCAGCAACACCAUACAGUCUGAGUUUCUCCUGGAGUAAGCCACCUUGUGGAAGCCGAGGUGGCAUCAUCAUAGGCUACACGUACAAACUGACUGAAGUAAGCCCGGAAUCCCAAGCAGUCAUUCAGUCAGUGACAUCAGAGGAAUCGGUGACCUUCGAAGAUUUAACGCCGCUGACUGAGUACAGUUUUCAGGUGGCUGCCAAUACCAUUGCGGGAGCUGGACCGCGUAGUCAGGCUGAAGUGGAGACAACUUUAAGAUUUCCUGCCUCGUCAUCACUUGCUUGGGGAGCGGCAGUUGCUGUUGUGAUCCUGAUUCUGUUGGCAGUAAUAGUAGUUAUAGUGGUCUAUAAAAGAAGAAGCCACGCACAGAGGGGACAUUCUAACGUUCGUGGUGAUACGCCUUCGCAGAAGACAAAAAGAACAUUGGAACUUGACGUGUCCUACCAGGUUCCAAAGCCCACCCAACAACCCGCACCCUACGCUUGUCUAGGCGAUGGUGUAAUUAGCAUACAGACCCAAAUAAAGGUGAAUGGAGCCAGACCUGAUACCUCGCAGACAUCAGAAUCGGAUCCUUCUGCAUACGCAAUUAUCAACGAUACUUUAGCUGAGAAGUCCACCUCAGGAGUGGCUGCACUAAGUCUGAAGCCCAAACAUCAUCAGAAACCAGCUGCAUUACCCCAACCAGCUGCAGAGGACGAUACGUAUGAGGUUCCAGAGUCUGGGGCAUGCUCUUGUAUAGUGGCAGGUGAAUUUGAAAUGCCUUCUGCACCUUCCGACGAGCCUUAUCUGGUACCCUCUACCUCCCAACCAGCAAGGGAAGGUGAUUCACGUGAACAGUGGAAGCAACAGUCGGACAGUCAGAUUUCAGCAGUAGAUAUUGACAAGCUCGCAGAAUACAUCCACAGGAAGGAGCGGGCCGGUCAAAAUGGUUUCCCUGCUGACUUCAAAACUCUUCCAGAUGGUCAGUUACAUCCUGCGACUGCUGCAAUGAAACCGCAUAACAAAGCUAAGAACUUCAGUGUAGGCCUCUUUGCCUAUGACCAUUCUCGUGUUGUGUUGGAACCAUUGGAAAGCGAUCCUCAUUCGGAUUACAUUAACGCCAGCUAUGUCGAUGCUUAUUCAGAGAAGGACAAGUACAUAGCCACUCAAGGACCGACUGAGUCAACUGUUGACGAUUUUUGGCGCAUGGUGUGGCAGCUGAAUGUGGACAAAAUAAUCAUGCUCACCAAUCUGAAGGAGAGUUUUCAGCAGUACUGGCCUCAUUCAGGAUUCACUAACUACUCUGACACCGCACUGCGCAUUAUCAAAGAAGAACACUUCGCAGACUACACGAUCCGUGUCUUUAAGAUAAACAAGUUUUUUAGUGCGGAGGGUAAUCGUCUUGUGACACAGUUUCAUUUCAACGCUUGGCUAGGCAUGAAGCCCCCUGAGUACCCAUCUAUCUUGCUCAACUUCAUGCGCAUGGUGAACACAGAGCCGACCGAGGGACGGACCAUUGUACAUUGCAGCAAUGGCAUUGGCCGCACAGGAACAUACAUUGCUCUGGACUCCAUGCUAGAUCAGAUGCAGAAGGAGAGACGAGUUGAUGUCCUUGGUUUCAUCUAUCGAAUGCGACAAAAACGAAUUAACAUGGUGCAGACUCUGGAGCAGUACCGAUUCAUCUUCGAUGCUUUGCUUGAGGUCUCCAAGGCUGGAGAGGCGGAAUAUGUGAACAUAAAGAAAGGUGCUAAGAAAAGGGGAAACCGUUGGGUGUGAAACUGGUCGGGAAGUAACCCAAAGAUGUUCAACGUAAUCCAAACCGUUGUUUCCAACGGCUUGGAAUAUUAUGACCAAUAGAUUAAGUUUUGUGGGUUUGAGCAUUUUUAACUGGACAGUUUUUUGUUCCAUGAAUGUGGGCAAAUGCUCAAAUCAAACUCUCAUAUCUUUGGCUAAUUUUGUACACCGUAACUCGGAACAAGUGAUAAGCCUCAAACCUCAGUUUUGCAAGGUUUUUAAGCAGGGGUUUCGAGACUAAACGGAUUAAAUAAUUUUUUUAUGAAGAUGAACAGAGAAUGGCCUCUGUCUUGCUCAUAGAAUUGCUCAUAGACGAGAUAAUUAUCAAAUUAAACUCGUAAAACUAAAAAUCCCUCGACAUUAGCAUGGUGUUUGUCAUUGCACAAAAUAUCUUGGCGUUAGAGUGUAUAGUGUCAUAAACUGUUUACCAAUUGCAAUUAUACAUAGCACUCAUGCUUGUGCGUGAGUGAAUGAGGUGGCGCGUGAGUGAGUGAGUGGGUGAGUGAGGGGAUGAGGCGGCGAACUGAGUGGGGAAGGUUCUGAAGAAAACCAAACGAUUCACCUUUUUCGCAGUAUACUCAGUCACAUGGAUUUGUCCACCUGCAAGUCUGUAAGAAUGUAAGGAAGUACACUUGAUCAGAAAACAUCUACUUUUUAUAAGGUAUCUGACAUGAAGCCUUUUGAAUUUUUUAUAUGUUUUUCGACGUAACUUUUAAAAUGAGACGUAGUUUUAUUCAGAACAUUAACUAAUACGUUUGGAUAUUUGAAUUUUAAGUUUCAGUUUUCGAAUCCUGUUUUUAAGGCUGAACUUUUCAUGAGACUUUCUUUUUUUAUGGAACAAAGAACAUCACUUGCUCCAUGCGGCAAAAACAGCUGCAGAGCUCUUUAAUGAUGUAUCGAUUCAUAAGCACUGCUGUCUGAACAUAACCGUGUCAUGAUAACGGGAGAGAGAAAUUCGUAAGGGAAAACUUGAAUCCACAAUAGCAAUGAAGUUAGAAACUGAACUGAUUGGCACAACUGCUUAAGCGAAGGUGGUUACCCCUGGUUUGAUGACUGGCCUGUACAGUUAAAAAGGUAUUAAUUAAUAUAGCAUCUUCACUUGCUACAUUCCACUACGAACUUCCGGUUGUAAACCCAUAAGUUGUCGGAGGUGAUGAAAUAUUUAAAGCCUUGUGGUCUUUAGGUGAAUUGCUAAAACACUUUUGACUGUUCAGGAUUAGAAGUGUUUCGAGAAUUUCAUUCAUGCAUCAUUACCAAGGCAUAAAAAAUACAAUCUCACAGCUUUUGAUAUUUGGACUUCACUGUAUAUGCAAAAAAGACGCUUUUGGUUUUUGAUUCAAGAUGUUGUCUUGAUGAUUUAAGUUUUCAAAGUUGAAUGAAAAGUUGAAUAUACUACUGACCUAUGUUUGAACAUGCGCCUGUUUUUCAUUCAUGCGCGUAAAUCCCGGGAGGAUCGGGGCAUAUAUCCCCACUUUUUGAGAGGGGAUGGAUUAACGGAGCCAUUCCUCACCUUUUCGCCGGGGAGCAAUUAAAAAUUGGAUUUUAAAGAAUUUUCUAGACUUCCAACGACUAAAAUGCAUUCAGGAUCACUCAAAAGAGGCAAAAACAAUUUUAAAAGACGUAAAUUGCCAUCGUGAAUACAUCAUUAUAGAUGAUCAUCAUUAUCAAUAUCAUGAACAACGACCCUCACAUAGAGUCAUAUGGUGCCACCCCAACCCCCAACCCCCGCUUUCAAAUUUUCAUGGCUGGCCAAGUCAUCCUCCCACCUUUGCCCAUCCCCCAUCCUCCCAAUUUCCAGCACUAGUUUACACCACUUGCUGCUCGUUUGAAAAUGCUUAAAUAAAAACGAUAUUAUUGUUCGGCAUUAUUGUAAUAUCUGUAGAUGUAAAAUGUUAUGUUUCCAACAUUUUCAAAUUGUAGUUGCAGUAACUUUAAAAAAUAACGAAUACUGUUAUCCUUGUGUUUAACUCUCUGGAAAAAGGCAGCGACUGAUAAGUCCAUGAACCCUAAACGACAUUUUGAUUGAAAUACUGGUGCACGUAUUUUGAUCAACGGUUUAUAAAAGCGCUCCGGUGGCGUAGCCCGGGGGGGGAAUCUCAAGAAUGUUGCCCUCUCUCAGAAGAGCUUGGCUAUGCAACUGCAGUAUUCCAUCCAGAAACCAUUUGUUAAUUGCAUCAAACAUUAUAAUUUAAGAACUUAUUUGAUUAUUGCAAUAUAUUGGUGCUUUUAGCAUCAGAAUGAAUUCGAGGGGCACAUGUUUUCGUAGUUUUGAACAUAGAUGACCUGGAUUUCCGUGGUUUUUAGUGAAACUCAAAAAUAUGUGCGCCGGCAGCAGUCGUGACAUACUAGCAAAACUUGUAAUCGUCACAGGUGUCUGUUAUUUGACGAACACUGUUCCUUUGUGUUUAAUUCUUGUCUCUUUCGGCUGUUUCAGCUAAUUGCCUGAAUAUCUGAUUGUGUCGAUAUCGACCUGCAUUUGCCUUUUUUGUGCGCUUUAGUUUUGCAGAAUGUGGUUAAGCUUUUCCCUGUUUCACAAUCUUAAGACAUUAAAAUAUGUAUUUCUGCUGUUGACCGGUCAUCUUUAAUAUGCGGAAUUGGCCUUACUUACAAAUCAGAAUUAUUGAUUUGAAAGUGGGGUUACUGUUUUGUUUGGGAAACCAGGAAAUAGAAAUGAGAGCAAUGAAAUAAAAGUUCAUUAAACAUAAUUUCAUUUUUUGCUGAUGAAUAUAUUAAAAAUUGUGAUUAAUUACGUGUAAAUGCUGUAAGCCACGUUAAAAAAAGGAUGAGGCAUGGAACUCAGGAGACUGACACCACCCAAUGUAAUAUGAAUGCGCUAUCAUAGGAUGAACAUAGAACGGUAUUAUGCUUUACCGGUACUGUAAAUAAAUGGAGUGUAUUUACUCAGUCCAAGAACUAUAAAAAUGGAUACUGUAAUCGGGAAUCCGUACAUAGAUGCAAUAAUAAUAUUGGAUGGCUUCAAGAAAGAUACAAGAAUUGACUGCAUGAACAGUAACAAGUUUGCAUCGUCUGCUUUACGUUUUAUGGCCAACAAGGGUACGGGAAGGUGUGUACUUUAAAAUGCUUAUGACCUCUUGUUUACUUCCGAUAACCGAAUAACUUGUUGAUAUAUUUAACAAGUAUGUAAAAACUUAUUAUGAAAACAUGUUACUACAUACAAACGAGUUUCAGUGUUUACUUUAUCAAAGGUGUCUCGUGUGCAAAGUGAUUAACUGCAAGUGAAAUGAUUGAUUAAAAAACGUUGUAUUUUACAUUAAUGAAAGGCUUCAUUUGUGCUAGUUUUGUCAUGCAAAUUUCAGUGUGAAGAACAUAACCUUAUUGUUUCAGUGUACUAAGUAAUCAAGAAUGGCAGUUUAAUAUCUGUCAGUGUUUUUGAUGUUUGUAAUCAUGAUGUACGUAAUAUAAAUGCAAAUAACUUUUAAGAGUAAAUUUGCCACCUUACUAGCGUUGUAGAACCUUAUGUUACAUUAGCUUUUAGCAUUUUUCCAGGGGGAAAUUUCCAAGGAGAAAAGCACUCAUCACCAAUAAACUUAUAAACUUUUAAAAGUUUGAAGGUUUAAAGGGCUUAUUUCAUUUUUUUACCCCAAAUCUGAGAUAUUUAUACCUGUUCAUCUCUUUUUCUCCUUUCUUCCAUUUUUUUGGGGGAGGGGAGGGGCCCUUUGCCCUUUUGGGACGUCCACAAGUUGUUAAAAUAGCUUCCUGUGCAUUUGUCCAUUUCAAAUAUGUAUUGUUUGAUGCUAAGUAAAUAAAUGUAUCUGAUAAUCAAAAUUGUGAACUGAAGUUUUCGCUACAUUGCUUGAUACAUGUAAGUAAAAGAAAUUGCAUUAAUGAUAAAAGUGAAAUCAAUUUUUAAACACUGGAGGCACGUUGCCCUAUUACAGGUGUCUAUACCUGAUGCCUAAUUAAAUAUCGGCGGGAUUGUGAAGCAUAUAUUUGUCUUUGCCAAUCCCUUUUUGCACACUCAGGCCUUACAAAGAGCUGAAAAAAGGAAAAGGAAAAAGGAAAAAUGAAAUAUUAAGCAAUGCUACAAAUAUUCAACUUGCAUAUAUGGACAAAUAUUUGGGUUUGCAGAUAAAGAUUUUUUAAGGAAUUAAUUUUAUAAAGAUUUUGGUCAAAAUUGUAAAAUGUUUCAAUAUAAAUGUGUAACUUCAACUAGAACGUUGACUAUCUCCCAAACAUGUUUUAUUUUAUCUUGCAAUGUGGAAGAGUAAUGACUGUAUCAUGAUAUUACGGAGGGGAAAGAAUAAUUCGUUGGAAAGUUCUUAAACAAUUGUUAACUCUUAAUAUAAAUUUCUUGUUACAAAAGCAGUGCAUUGCCUUAAUUCUGUACUUAAUUCUUUGAGACGUCUGGACUUUCAAGUUCAAGAUAUCUGUCUCGACUUAUGUACCACUGAGAAUUGACCAUUAUUGUAUUUGUGUGUCAUGCUUCUUUCUUUUUGCUUUUGUUUCAGAAUAUAAACAUGGAAAAUUUGAAACCACGUGAUAUUGUUUUUACUACAGUAGACGCUCAUUAUACUCGUAGAAUUCGUUGAUUUCCGAUGAAACAGAGAGUUUCAACUUUAAUGGAAGGUUGGUGUGACGGUUGUGUCUAAGUUGUUUUCCUGUAAUAAUGGAUUCUGGAUAAUUCAACAUUGGGUGUGCAUUUAUGCUUGCCAAAAUGAGUUUGAAUAAAUUUUAACAAAGAAUAAUCUA